AUGAGCUACUACGGCAGCUACUACGGAGGCCGCGGCUACGGCUGGGGCGGCUUUGGUGGCCUGGGCUAUGGCUAUGGCUCCGGCUGGGGCUGGGGCGGCCUUGGUGGCCUGGGCUGUGGCUGUGGCUACAGGAGCUAUGGCUGCUGGCGUCCGUGCUGCUGUGGGGGAUACGGAUACUCUGGCUUCUACUGAAACCCUGCCCAGCAGCUCAGCAUCUGAACUUACAAGGGACUUCCUCCCUCAUUU